AUGGGUGUCGAUCGUAACCCAUCUGACUCCAUGAAGUCGACCUGGCGCGACGGUGACCGCAGCCAAUGGAACAGACAUCAUUACCUACAGGAGAUCCUUCACCUCCAUCCAACGACGGCAGGCAAAGAAGUGCCAGUCCAUCAAAAGACCGAUAAGAUGCCGUACCUCUCGCAGUACCAACAGCAUAAAUGGGUCUUGCUACAUGCGAUCUGGCCAAUGCUUGUCCAUCAGGUCUACGUCUCGUACACGGGCAAGAACCUUCCAGCGAUUGUCGCUUUCUUGUUCUACACGCUGGCAUUCAAAGUGAACGCCAUACACGAGAUCCACAUGCUCCGCGGCCUCGGACACAAACACGGCUUCCUCGACGGCGAUAAGCACGCCCGUGACGAAGUCCCAGACGUCGGCGUUUCGAAGGUAGCUCACGCCCUCGUGUCAACAUCCACCUUCCGGCCCCUCAUGAGCGUCUUCCUCGCCUACCGCACCAGCCUAGCACCCUCCACAAUCAGCUGGUGGGUCCCCGUCGAGCUAGGACUCUACGGGAUCGUCUUGGAUUUCUGGUUCUACUGGUACCACCGCUUCAUGCACGAGUACGACGGUCUCUGGAAAUUCCACCGUACGCAUCAUUUGACCAAGCACCCUAACCCUCUCUUGACGCUUUACGCCGAUACUGAGCAGGAGAUUUUCGAUAUUGCUGUGAUUCCUCUUACCUACGGCACGCUCAAACUGAUGGGUUUUCCGAUGGGGUUCUACGAUUGGUGGAUAUGUCAUCAGUACAUCGUCUUUACCGAGCUGUGGGGCCAUUCGGGCGUGAGAAUUUAUGCAACGCCUCCGUCGACGAAUGCGUGGUUCUUGAGACAGUUUGGUGCCGAGUUGGCGACUGAGGAUCAUGAUCUGCAUCAUCGACAGGGAUGGAGGAAGAGUCAUAAUUAUGGCAAGCAGACUCUGCUGUGGGAUAAGAUGUUCGGGACCGCGGGGAAUAGGAUUGAGAUGGUUGAGAGUAAUGUUGAUAGGGUUAAUACGGCUACUGUGCCGUUGUUUGCGUGGAAUUAG